CCGUAUUACUUUGUCUUCUGCCCAUUCGAAACCACACUAGGAAAUGCGCAAUACCUGGGCCUCAUAAUCGUAUCUCCUGCUUGGGGAAACCCCGAAUCGCAAACCGUUCAACCGAUCGCCACAUUCACAACUUGACGGUGGUGGAAAAGCUUUUAUUCUAGAGGCAACCUUGCAAGUGGCAGCAUCAGCCGAUCCCAUUUCAAUAAAACCAAUCGAAUGUGAGUUCGUGUUCACGGUGACGUCCCUUAUCGCGUUCGGAGUUCCCGCAUCGCUUGAUUACUUUGUAGUGCUUAGUUUAAUGCUCAGCGAUUAUUGAAAAUGAAGGCUAUUUUUUUGGACUGUGCCCUAAUGUCGAUCAGUAUAGUGUUGGUAGGAUCAAACGUGCAGGGAAACGAACUGAAUUGUGGUAAGCGGCAACACAUAUCGAAGCCAGGAACGGUUCAAACGAUCAUCAAUGGAGCGGAAACUACGCCAGGCCAAUGGCCCUGGCACGUUGCAAUAUUGCACUACUCCUGGCCCAACUACCAAUAUGUCUGCGGUGGAACCAUUAUUUCCAAAACUUACGUUCUGACUGCAGCACAUUGUACUAUAAAUCGUAAGACUAAAUAUAAGCAGAACGUGAACAACCUUCACGUUGAAGCCGGCGCACAUGUUUUAUUUCCUGUAUACGACAUACCGUCUAGACAGCGACAUUCCGUCAAAUCCGUUUCCAGCUUUGACAACUAUACGUGGUCAAGUCAUCAAUACGAUAUCGCUAUUCUGGAGCUUGAUUCAGAAGUAAACUUCAAUCAAUAUGUCCAACCAGCGUGUGUGCUCCUGGAGAAAAAUCUAAUUGAUAAGGUUGGAACGGUUGUCGGAUGGGGAUUGACUGAGUUCAAUGCAGAAUCUAGUGUUUUGAGAGAAGCCCAAUUACCAGUGGUAGAUACCAUCACCUGUCUGAAUAGUGAUCAUGUAGCUUUCGGGCCAACUUUGAAAAGAGGAAUGUUCUGUGCUGGUUACACAAAUGGCACUGGCGUGUGUAAUGGUGACAGUGGUGGAGGACUAUUAUUUGAAGUCAACGGAGUGUGGCAUUUAGGAGGGAUCAUAUCGUUUACAAGGGCACGAGAUGAAGACAAAGCAAAGUGUCAAACGAUAGGCUAUGCUGUUUUUUCCAAGGUACAUGACUAUCUAUCAUGGAUAAGAGAAAAAACUAAUCUGAAACACCUCAUCGGCGAAGGAGAGCCCAUCAACUCGAAGAUCUGCGCUGCGAACAAUGCAAACGUAACGAAUACGGACGUACGUAAGCUUCCAAUAAGGCAUUGUGGAGUCUACUAUCCGAAUCGAGUGUAUAUGGGUCAGCGCACAAGAGUUUUCGAGUUCCCCUGGAUGGCAUUGUUGAUCCAUGCCAGUGCAUAUUGGCAAAGGGUUGGAAGUCUUAUCAACAAUCGAUAUAUUCUUACUGGAGCGUUGCCUUUUCUACCUAAAGACGUAAUAAGGGCACGCCUAGGCGAGCACACGAUCCAUCAAACAAUUGACUGCAAUGAAGACGAGGACUGCGCACCUCCUGUACGAGACGUUGACAUCGAAUGCAUAAUUUACCAUCCGCAAGCUAGCCGAACACGCUAUUCGAAUGAUAUUGCACUCGUUAGAUUGGCAAAACGUGUUGAUUUCGACGAUCAUAUUCAGCCUAUUUGUCUCCCAGUUAAGCCCAUAUUAAGGAAUAUGGAACUACCUCGAUACAUUCUUGCCGGUUGGGGUGCGACGGAGGAGGAAGAGGAAUCUUCAGCUUUGCGGAAGGCAAUCAUUUCGACAUUUGACCGGGCAGAAUGUCAAAUGAUUGCUAGCAACAUAUCGUCUGCCAAUAGAGAAUUUAUAACCGGUAAUCAGUUUUGUAGUAAAAGCACAGAUGAACCGACUGCAGCACUUGGCGACAACGGAGCACCCGUAGGAUAUACGAUUAAACACAACGGAAUACGUUUCAUUCAGUUCGGUAUCGUUUCAUAUCAUCUUCAAUAUUACAAUGGCAGUGAGUAUCGUGUGUAUACGAAGGUUAGCUCGUAUAUGGACUGGAUUUUGGCGAACAUCGUACCGUAAGUGUUUCGGAAACCAUGUCUGGAGACAUUUUCAGCAUACAAGGCGCGAUUAGUUUUAGUUAUAAAAUAUAUCAAGUUCAGAUAGAUCAGUGGGGACGUAAAGAAGAGGGGAAUAGAUCAGAACAGUAAGUCAGGCUGUCACUCUAAGAAAAACAGUAUAAUAUAUUGUUACAUAAAGAUCGGAUGUAAAUGUAUAGUAGCUACCAAUGUGCACAGCUUUUAGCGAACCAUUCCAUUACAAUACACUAUAUUGUAGCUGGUACACUGUAUGGUACAGGAAUGGUUUUCACCAAAUACCCUACGGUUAGUUUUUAUCCGGGUGUACACGUUGGGUUGUUAUGUGUCCACUGAAAUAAAUUUUGUUGUGGAAACUACCGAUUCCAUAGUAAAAUUACUAACCGUACCUAUGAUUCUCAACCGACAGCAAAAUCUGUUAAGGUAACUGAAAUAUGCUUGAAAUUACAAUGCAUUGUAGUAAAUUCAACUAAAAGCGUAGUCGUCUCAACAACAAAACAUUGUUAAUUUUUCCCGGACACGCAUUUUACAACACAGUAUGGUUAAAAAUACAAUGCUCAUUUGUUAAAUUAAGAUUAUUUUUAGUAAUGUUAACUGCACUGCUAGUUAAGUUGACAGUGUUUUAGUAGAAUUAACUGGAAAUUGUUGUCGGUUGAGAAUCAUAGGUACGGUUAGUAAUUUUACUAUGGAAUCGGUAGAUUCCACAACAAAAUUUAUUUCAGUGUCUGGAACGAAAGUUCCACAAAAAUUGGAUGACCCGAUCAAAAACUACCAAUAAGGAUAUAAUCUUUAUAAUAAAUCGUGUUGGUCCUUAAAGAACACUCCACUCUCACUAUCGAAGGCUGGUCCGGUUCCACAACAGACGGUUUCCAUGCAUGAACAUAUGCUGUUUACAAAUAACCGACUGCAACAUAAUUCAAAGUCACUAAAUAUGUACCAAUAUUGGCUUAUUUUCAGUUCACUA